CCGAAGGCUUUCACACAAACAAACUGGAAUACUCUGGAUAACGCCGCAGCACUUUCUUGGGCGUUUUUACAAACUGCACACCAGUUAAAGAUUUAAACGUGAUUUACAUUUAUCUACCAACACAGCAACAAUUUCUCCGAAGUUAUCCUGUAUUUUUUGGGCUGUUAGCUUGCUCCGUGCAGCAGUAGAGUCAUGUUUACCUCCCAAACGUCGUCCUUCCAGGAUUCAAUUGACGUGGAAGAGAGAGAUGACUUUGACAGCGAAGAAAUAGCUGGAUACAGUCAGAAAAUCCAGUUGAACUGUUACUACACCAUCUAUCUUUAUCAAGGCACAAGAUCUGAAGCUACUGGGGAUAAUGUGACAUGGAACCAGAGGAGAGCAGACUCAACAACCAGUCAUGAUGACUUUAGCUUGACUCUUAUCGACAGCAGCCUGCCAACGGAGGCUGAACCCGAGCUGAGGACCUACAUUUCAAGGAGGCUGAGCAAAGGAGCAUUGCUUGGAGGGAUGGGCAACAUUGCCAUGGUGGAGCUCAGUAUCCCUGAACAGGCAGUUGGCUGCUACUGUUGUCUACUGGAGCAGGAAAGGUCUCCUGAACAGCCUGAUGCUGAUGGCAAUGGAUAUGUCAUCUGCUUUAUGGGGGGCUCUGAAAAAGGACUAAAUCUAUUUCGUCUGGAGCUCGAUAAAUACGUCCAAGGCUUACAUAGCAGCCUGCAAACUCCAGAGCUGCAGAACCUUGAGACAGAGGUGCGUCCCUACCUGAGUCGUUGGUAUGAGGAGAGUGUGAUGCAUAUCCAUCGCGUGGUGCAGCUGGUUCAGGGAAACAUCAGCUUCUUGCUGCAUGCUGCUUUGAGUCAUACACCUGUGGAGGUCAUCAAUUCAGAUGAAAAAACAAAAGCUGAUGUGUCUAGGUUCAUCAAAGCUGCCAGUUUGCAGGGUUUGUCCCAACAAGACACUACAGCAGCUUCUCUGUGUAAGGCCAUUACAGAGGACACACAUUCAGAUUUGGUCAUAGACUGUGCCACCAGCCCGCCCACCAUCACUAACCCUGUAAGUAAUCGUUUCUGCGACGACUGGAUUCAGGCCUUUCUAAAUGCUGCAGAGCGGUGUAAUCCAUUCCUUCUUAGGCAGAUUCUGGAGAACUUCAAGCUUAAGGCCAUCCAGGACAUGAACAGUCUAAAGCGAUACGUGCGACAAGCAGAGAUGAGUCACUACGCCCUGUUUCGCUGCUGCCAGUUCCUGCAGGGCUGUGGAAAUGGGGAUGUGCUCCUGCAGAAUGCCAGAGCAGAGCACAGUGACCUGCCUGAAGCCUGCAGCAUCAUCACUGUCCUGGAGGAGUUCCUCAGAGAACAGGCCCAGGCCCAGGCCUGAGUCUGACCACUCCCAACCAGGUAGGAGCCUGGAUACCAAGAUGGCCUGGUUUAACCCCAAUGCAGAUAAACAAUGACUCUAAACAAUCUGCAACGCUACUGUUCAUUAUGUAUUCAACAUCAAUUCACCUGAAAUAUAUUUCAGAAGCAGGACAUUUUGAAUUUGCCCGAUGCUUGGCUAUAAAACACAAAUUUCCUGCUGCCUCUGGUGGUGAGAUUUGAAAGUUGUACUGUAAAACCCUAAUACCUUACACUCAGAACUCAACUUUCUUAAACACAAGUAUCUUUAAUAACUUUUACAGUUUAUUAAUUCAGUAAUAUCACUAUGCUGGUCUUGACAAUAAUGUCUAAUUGAAAAUGACAUUGAAACCCAUUGUAAAGCAGCUGCCUCCAUGUAAAACACUUUCUUCAUAAAAAAAAAAAAUCUGUUUAGAUUAUAUAGAGUGGCACCUUCCCAAAUUUUAGUCUGUUGCAAUAUUUGAUUUGUUGCUUGUGUAGUCUGAGUGUGUUGUAAAUGAAUAGUUGUAUAGUACUACCAACCAAAUAAGAUAAGAUAUACUUUAUUGAUCCCCCAUGGGGGAAACUCAAAUAGUAGAAUACUAUGAUAUUGCUAACUGACAAUGAUGACAUUUAAUCCAAACAGAGCUUCUGCUCUUUGGAGUGGAAUUAUCUAUUGCAUAUCUGAUGUAAAAAAAUAUUUUAUCAUUCCUUUGUAUUUUAUUUGAUUGUACAAAUUGAGAAUGCACAAAUCACUUUUAUGCAUUGCUUGUUACAUUGUCCUUGUUUUGCUUGUGUGUCAGCCCAAUAACUGCACUACUGUAUUAUUUUAUGUAAAUGUACAUCUGUAAAUUAGUUACAUUUAAUUCUGCUCCAGGACUGACAUGUUGUAGAUAUACUGUGAUUCUUGGAUAUCAUUUGUAGAGAAGUGCGAAUGUUUUUCUGUUUACAAACAGGAUGUUAAAGGCUGUCACCAGCUUAAAACUAAAUCAGGAUUUACAAGCAUUAAGUGGCCAUUACAUUUACGAAUUAUUUGUGUAGUCUGAAGGUUCUGCUACAUUGAUGCCUGCUGAAAAAAACCCUUAUAAAUAGAAAUGAAAAUGUGGAAUUAAAGAAAUGAAGAACUCACAGUUAUUGUAGGCAUGCCUUUUAGUUUCCAUUCCUUUACUGUUCUCAAAUCAACUAAAAUAUCAACUUUUAAAUGAGGCUCAUAUCAUUUCCAGUCAAACCGGUCCAAAGUGUGUAUAACAGCAAUAUCAAUGUUGAUGGUGUAAACUUUUAAACUGUGAACCAAGUGACAAUGUAAAUGAGUAAUUUUGUCUUUCGUGAAUCAUGGUGUGUCUGACCCACGACAUGUAGCUGUAGACAUUUCUGUACAGCGUGUUCUGUCUAGAUAUAAAUGACUACGUGGUUCUCAACCUUGUAUCGAGAGGAAAAAUAAAUACAAAGGUUGAAUGUC